UCCAAACGCCGUGUCGAGCGCUCGUCUGAAAAAAAAAAUAAAAAAAAUGCCUUGACUUAGGCAUUAUGUGUAAAAGUUUUUGUUUUUAAUUUUUGCGCAUAAACGUCAAAAUGACAGUUAGGGAGUGUGUUUUUCGAGUGAAAUGUUUGGUGGUUUUAGUGAUAUUUUUGGACAUUUUGGGCUGUGGAGCGAUUGAAUAUGAAAGAGAUUCUAGAAAAUUAUUCGGCGGCUACCGGAUAACGCCCACGUACUGCAAAGCGUCGAGAGCAGCCAAAUACAACAGGGGGAACACGAUAUGCAUGUUCAACCACGAGUGCCAGCAGAGGGGGGGCGAGGUAGUGGGUGCAUGUAUGGACGGUUUCCUCUUUGGAGCUUGCUGCCAGCUCAAAUCCGACAGCCAGUCCCACAUCCCCAAAGGUCCUGGCGUCGUCAUGACCAGCUACCUCGACUACCCUGAGGCAGAAACUGAAAGCGACGACUACGAUUCUGAAGCUCUCAACGCCUGGCACAACAGCUUCAAACCCAUAGUCACACCUGGAUACAGACCUGGAGAAAAACCUUCAUCAUCUACCGUCAAAACAGUUGAUGAUAGCACAGAGAAAGAAAUCAUAUCUGAAGGUCUAAGUCAAAUAACAGAUACACUGCUACACGCUCCUCCUAAAGAAGAUAACUUUGUUUACAUCAAACCUGCUAAACCUGAUGGAUUAUAUACACACAGUUCAAUAGACCAUGGAACAGUAGACACAGUGCUAUUACACAAAAAUGGUUCAGCAGUUGAUAAUGUAGCGAGACCAUCAGAUUUCAACAUACAAGUGUCGUCAAUGCAGACCAAACCAACCCCACCACCAAGCACAUCAACAACAACACCUAAAACUGUUUCAACGCAUAGACCGAUAUACACAAAACCUGUCUUCAGACCUAAGAAUAAAACGACAACGAAGAACCCAACGGAAAACUAUGUUCAAGUUUCAACAGUAACUAAAGAGCCACAGAAGAUUACUGAAACUUCGAUUAAUAGUAUCAUUCAAAUGCUAAAUGAAAGUACUCCUAGUUUGAAGGAUGAAGUUACAUCACCUAUACCUGAUAUUGCUGAAACGAAGUCAUCACCAUCACCAUCAACAGCCACAGUCUCUCCAGUACACUACAGCAGUACAUAUCCAAAUUACUACUUAUCUACAGGCCACUAUGUAACUCUUAAACCUUCAUCAUUCGGAAGUACUGUAUUCUCAACAACUACAACCAAACGACCAUCAACAACUAAAAAAACAGUAAUAAUAACAAAGAAACCUGUAAAAUACACGACACCAAAUUCAAUACCUCAGGAAAGCAGGCCGUCCAGCAAUCCUUAUUCAACACCAAAACCCAGUGUGUCUACUAGUCAAGCCAUAGACGCAUUUAACCGAUACCCAACAAACCCUAGUGAUUUCGGAGACUCGGUUACCACUUUCAGCUACGUCAGUUCCACUACAACCCCGCAACCUUCAUUCCAUACCAGCACGACUAGACGUCCACCUUCCACCAGCUACGUCACUGGUUCUAAACCUGUUAGAAGACCAGUUACAUCGCCAUCAAGCAUAAUAUCCAGUUAUGAUGUAGCCCCAGAAACCUUCUCAAGCGUGACACCUACAGUCAUAGUCCUAAACGGCUUCCAAACGGCAAAACCUAUUGAAGAUAAAGAACCAGAAUUUGUUGAGAUUUCUCAGGAGCCUUUUAAGAAACCAGUGAGUCAAAUAACAGUAAACAAUCAUAUAGAAUCGACUAAUAAUAUUUAUAUGGGCAAACCACCGCAGUCUUUUGAAAGACCUUCAUCACCAACUGUAGUUAUCACUCCGAAACCUUCUCCUACUACACCUUUUCCUAUCAAAUCAUCUACCAGACCAGUCUCUGUAGUUAUUUCUACCAGUCCUACUUUCGAUUCUUACACGGAAUACUUCUCAGCUACAACUUUAAGACCUGAAAUGCAGACGUCAUCAGAUGAUUUAAUUAAUUUCCCUCCAGUUAGAAACCCAAUGCUAAACGCCACAGGAUCCAAUCCAGGGCUAUACAACACAAGCAUAUCUCUAUCUGACAACGAGCUUGAAACAUUACACGAUGUAGACUUCACAACACCAACAUGGCAAGAGGACGAGAAACUAAACGAAAAGAUGAAUCUAUUCGUAAACAAAAUAGUGGGUAGUCUCCAAGGAACGUUCCAAGAACUUCACGACAUAGUGAUUCUUGAUAAAAAGCCAAACGCGACGAUUAUCAACUCGAAAACGACGACGCCAAAGCCUAGUAAGAAGCCAGUGACGACGAGAAAGCCAGUUGUGACGACGCGGAAGCCGAUUCGGCUGACAACGACGACUAAAAGGCCUACGGUGAAGACGACGAAGAAGCCAGUGAAGCUGACGACGGCUGCGCGACGACCAACGACGACAACGCCGCCGCAGACUACAACUGUUAUUACUACGACGACUAAGAAGUCGGUGACCAGAAAACCCACGAAACCCGUAACAAAGCCUUCGAAACCAGCAAAAACCACCACCGUCGCUCCCACCACUGUUACCACCGAAGCGGUGGAGGAGGUCACCACCGAAUCAUAUGCUGAUCAGACCAUCGACUAUAAUGACAAGAACUUAUGCGGCGUCCGUCCCCUGAUCAAGUCCGGGCGAAUAGUCGGCGGUAAGAACGCCUACCAAGGCGAGUGGCCUUGGCAAGUGCUCGUGCGAGAAUCCACCUGGCUCGGUCUCUUCACUAAGAACAAGUGUGGAGGUGUGCUGAUUACUGCUCGGUUUGUGACGACCGCUGCCCAUUGUCAACCGGGCUUCCUGGCGUCCCUGGUAGCAGUGUUUGGUGAGAACGACAUCUCUCUAGACCUGGAGCCCCGCAAACCCGUCUCCCGAAACGUGCGUCGCGUCAUCGUGCAUAGACAAUACGACGCUGCCACGUUUGAGAACGACCUUGCACUGUUGGAGUUAGAGUCGCCUAUUAAAUUUGACGCUCAUAUUGUGCCCAUCUGCAUGCCACCAGACGAGAGUGACUUCACAGGCCGCAUGGCGACAGUUACAGGUUGGGGCCGCCUCAAAUAUGGCGGCGCCGUGCCGGCUGUAUUGCAAGAAGUGCAGGUGCCAGUGAUCGAAAAUAAUGUGUGCCAAGAGAUGUUCCAGACGGCAGGGCACUCGAAGAAAAUCCUUAGUUCUUUCCUAUGUGCAGGAUACGCAAAUGGACAGAAAGAUUCUUGUGAAGGUGACAGCGGGGGCCCGCUUGUCCUUCAACGCGGUGACGGCCGCUGGCAGCUAGUCGGAACCGUCUCUCACGGCAUCAAGUGUGCAGCGCCAUAUCUCCCUGGAGUCUACAUGAGGACCACCUUCUACAAGCCUUGGCUGAGAAGCAUCACGGGCGUGCAUUGAGCGAGGAAUCAUGGACAAAUGUAACAUGAAUCUUUUAAAUCACGUUUCUCAAAUAGCUUUAAGCAAGGCCAAGCACGGUCGCGUGAUAAACGAUAUAAUGUUAGGCCGUCCUUUUCGCACUGUUUUUAAGUGCGAUAGGGACACAACGAUGCGAUAAAGUUUAUCUAACUAGUGUAACUAGUGAUUUCAGUGUCAUCAUUAUAUUUGGGAUAUAUAUCUAACUUAAAAUAUGGCUCAAAUUGAGAAACGGGAUUUUGUAGAAUUGUCAAUACAUGUUACAUUCGUCCAUUAUUACAUAAAUUCGCGGCAUUCCUAGCUCAUUUUAGUGACAUCUAUCGAUAUAUUGGGGGGUACACUUUACAAUGUGGAUGUACGAAUGAUGUCUGUCUUGCUGUUUAGAUACGUUAAAUUCGUCGAGACUAGGCAUGAAACAUUUUAAAAAUCAAAUUUGACGAAAUAUAGAAGCUUAAUGUUUUGCCUUACAAAUAUUGAUUCUUCCUCCCUUCCUUCCCGUGGUGUCGCUCGCAUCAAACUACGUGGGCUUGUGGGGAAUGAUUCUAAUGACAUUAGUUAUCCUUAUUGGCACGACCUUACAUGUAUCUGUCUCCAAAAAGAUCAGUCGUUACUUAUUUGUUAUACCUAUAUGUCUGACUGAAAAUCUAAUACACCUUUGUUUUUCUAUUUCUUAUAUUCUCCUCUAAUUUGUCCUGUCGAGGAGACAAAUGAACUAGGAGCGUACUUUUCGUGCCGAUGACAUCAACUUGACGUCACGCUCCAUAUAGGCUGAUCACAAAUUGUUUUAUUGUAAAUUAUUAAUCAUUAGUCAUCAAUCAUUUUAAGUUGUUAAUUUCUUUUCAUGGUAAUAAAUGCAAGAAGGAUGGUGUGCUUUACGUUACAGAGGAAUUCUCUUUUCUACGUAUUUAUUGUAAUGUGUUCUUAACAAUACUAUUUAAUUCAAUUUAUGUAUAAAAACAAAUCAAAUAAU